UACUUCCUUCCACACACAGACCUACAAGAACAAAUCGAAAAAGAAGCCCUCGAGAAGUUUGAAGAGCUUGUCGUUAAUACUCGCGUUUGAAAGCAGUUUUAAUCGGACCGUUUCGUUGAAGAACUCGUGGCAUGAGGCGCGCGCCCUCCGAGGACUGAAGGAUUCCCGAGAAACGCGAACGGAAAACGUGUCGGCCUCCGAAGAAAGUUUGCUCCCCGGGCCUGUAAACAACAUGUCCUCCGCCUCGCAGUCUUCCUCCAGACGCCAGUGGUGCUACCUCUGCGACCUGCCCAAGAUGCCGUGGGCCAUGCUGUGGGAGUUCAGCGAAGCGGUGUGCCGGGGCUGUGUGAACUAUGACGGCGCGGACCGCAUCGAGCUCCUCAUCGACACCGCCCGGCAGCUGAAGAGCACCCACGGAGUUCUGGACGGCCGGUCUCCGGGUCCACAGCAGGGUAAAUCCAGCUCGGUCGGAGCCAUGGAAGUGGGGCGGCAGCACGGUGAGCGUGUGGACAGGGGCAGGGGGGAAUACGGAGUGUCUUCCCGGCUCCUCAACGGUUUGCACAGACCUGAAGACGUAGCCUUGUCCGAGGGUAACCGUCAGAGCCCGAACACCCGCCGAGCUGUUGCCGGUGCAGUGCCCGGUCUUCAUGGCACCAUAUCCCACGCUUUAAUAGCACAGGGUCUGGUCGCGGCUCCUCAUGGGCUUUUAGCCCCCUUAUCGGGCUCCAGACCCGGAGCCACACCGAUCGCGGUCUCAGCCGGCCCUAUAAUGGCUGAGGCAGGUAGGAGGCAGGCAGUGGCUCUGGGUGUGGGCGCUGGCACCUCUGCUCUGGUGGGUUUAGAUCCAGCAAUCUGGAGGAACAGUGAAGUGAUGGCAGAGCUGAGCGAAGUGGCCCGCAACCGGUUGGAAGGCUGGCCCAGUCACCCCAAACCGGUCCGGGAUGUGCUUGUUGCUCUCAGCAGCUCUGUCCCCUUCAACGUGCGCUUCAGGAAAGACCACAGCUUGCUGGGUCGUGUCCUGGCGUUCGACGCCAGCACAGCUCCAGAGUUUGAGCUGAAGGUAUUUGUGGAGUACCCCGCUGGUUCUGGAAUAAUCUUCUCCGGACUCCCAGACCUUGUCCGGCAGAUGUUCCGUGAUUCAGCCAAAGAUGCAGGCAAAGCCGUGAACUCUGGGCUGCGAUACGUGGAGUACGAGAAGCGGCAAGGCACCGGAGACUGGCGUGGGCUGUCGGAGCUGCUGAACGAUGGCGUGAGGAUGUUUAAAGAGCCCCCAAUCCCAGAGGUCCUGCCACAGCCAGACCCGGUGCCGWCCCUGGCAGCGGCCGGGCGUUCUGGUCCAGCAAAGGGAACAACUCGACGUCGCAAAGCCUCCCCCGGCUCAGAGAACGGAGAAAGUGAUGGGAGGUCCGAUCAUCCAGCGAGGGAGCCCUGGUCCCGAGGCGCCUACACAGAAUCCCAUCCGGGCAUGGCUGCUCCUCAGGAGGGCCCCCCACGUCUGCACAGCCAGCCGUCGCCCAUCUCGGCCCUCAUGGGGGUCGCAGACAGCCUGAGCUCCAGUCAGAUGGCCAGAGACAGCCCCAGCAUGUCCACAGCUCACUCYUCAGCAGCGGGGCGGUCCAGCAGCAGCAGCAGCAGCCCCUCCACCUCAGCCUCCCAGGCCACCAUGGGGGGGCCGGGUUUGAGCGCAGCGGGGGCCGGCAGCAACUCCAUCAGCGGGGAGAGCACGAGCAGCACCCAGGGGGCUCUGCUCUGCUGCACCCUCUGCAGAGAGCGCCUGGAGGACACACACUUCGUCCAGUGUCCCUCCGUCCCACACCACAAGUUCUGCUUCCCCUGCACCCGAGGCUUCAUCCGCAGCCAGGGUCCCGGAGGGGAGGUGUACUGCCCCAGUGGGGAGCGCUGCCCACUCGCCGGCUCCACUGUGCCUUGGGCCUUCAUGCAGGGAGAGAUCUCGACCAUCCUGGCCGUAGACAGAGAAGUUACGGUGAAGAAGGAGGAGUGAUCUCCCAGCAUCUCCAUCCUGUCGGGGUGAAUGAGGAUCAAACACUUGGAAAGCACUUCCCUUUUUAUCUCCAGCAGAGGUCCACUUCAGCUGUUUUAAUGGUGUGCCUCCCAGAGCAGAAUAACUGAGAAACGGAGGAGGACAGAAGCUCAAAGACCAGUUUGUUAAAAUGAUACAAGAAGACUCAUUUCUGAGUGCUUGUGUCAAGAAUGGAGGUGUCUGCUCAGCCUCACUGUGGCUCAGACCUCAUUUUAAAAAGCCCCGCAUAGAAAGCACAUGUUUGACUGACAAUCUGACCACAAUAUUAUUCUCUUUGUUUCUUUCUUUUUAAGGGGUGGGUAGGGUCUAAAGUGGUGCAUCUUGUUCUUACAGAUGCGAUAUUGAUAGUUUGGCAAAUUUAUUGCAGUUAAUUUUGGGAUUAAAAAAAAGAAUGUUCAAGAACACAGAAAACCUUAUUGCCAAGGAGUGCAAAAAAGUAGUCCCACAAUGUCUUGUAGGUAUUCUUUUCUUGUAUGUCAAAAAUGUGAACUUACUUUCAAUAUGGCUAUGUAAUUUCUAUUUUUGAUACAAUAAAUUUUAUGUAUUUGUUUUCUAGUUAAAAGAAGACCAAAGAUGGCUUCAUGCUCAAUGUCAUUUUAUUGUAGUUGUGUAUUGUGUACUCACCAUUAACCUUGGCAUCUGUCACUAAUUAGUCCAUGUAUAACAGAUGUAAGCUUGUUUUGUUCAUUUUACUUUUUGAAUUUUGUGUAUGGUAAAAUAAAUAGCAUCACAAUCUCCAAUGGUUAACCCACAUGCGUAUGUGAUCUGCACAAGUCAAUUCUAUAAUAAAGGAUUAAAAAYAUA